AUGGCUGCAAGGAUAUAUUGGUUCACAGCUGUAGCUGGUUACAUUGUACAAACGAAAUGUUUCUCAUAUUUGCAGACGAGGGAGAACUAUGAGGAUGCCAAGGAUGAAAAAGUGCACCAGGGAUUGACGGUAGUUCUAAGUUUCAUGUAUUUUGCUUCAUGGCUUCUCGUACCAGCCGUAUCACGCUUGUUUGAUGCUCGUGAGACUUCGAAGAAGCUCGAUUUGCCAGCUCCAUUGGGAUUUGCGUCAUCCUCUUCGGAUUUGGAGUUGCAAACCUUUGAUGAAGAGCCAGAGCUCGCUAGCGAUACCGCUGAGUUGAUGAGAAAUAAUGACAACAAGCCAGAGGCUGACAGUAAGAUUUGCUUUAAGUAUGUUGCGCAAUUGGUGACGCUAUCUAUGUUGGUGCUCGUUCCCGUGCUGACUUAUAUGAUGGCUUUAUCGAUGUCUCCUGCUUUUGAUAUCGCACUGAUCCAGAAUACGUCAAUAUUUGAGAUUACUUCACUACUUUACGGGGUCUGUGGGUUGACCAAGAGAAGAAACGUUGUCACCAAGUUUCUCAUUAUGAUGGUCGCAUUGCUUGGAAUCUUGAUCGUCUCUUACACAAAGGCUACGUGCGAUCUACUAGCUGGUAAAUUGUCGAUAAAUGAGAAGACGGGGGAAUUGAACGACCCUUUCCUAUUUGACAGACUUAAGAGCUCUUUGUUGUGUGGCUUGGGCGCCCUCACGAUCGGUCCCUUCGCAGUGCUGUGGCAUCGCUGGUUCAACAAGCGUUCGAAACAGGUCACCAUGAGAGAGCAAGCUGGUCAUCUCUCUAUCAUGGGGGUCAUCUGCAUGGUAUUGCUCCUGCCAUUUUUCCCAGCGCUUGCGGGAACCAUCUCAAGCAUCUGCAAGGAUAGAUCGUUUUGGCUGGUCUCCGUGGUUACACUCAUCUUUGGGGCUUUGCCACACGUUGUCUCUCUGUUGCAAGUGACCAGGAAGACGACACCAGAGUACUCCACGACUAUCAACCUGGGAGCAAUCAUUUUCAUGGGCAUAACGGAUUGGAUAUGCGAACCCACUCAAACCACGAUCGUGAGAUGGGAGGUUAUUGGAUACAUAAUGCUCAGCGUCUGCUGCAUAAUGCUUUCAAUUACUUACUACCAUAAAGGACAAGAUAGGUAUACAUCACUGAUAUAG